CUAACAACAGCAGCAACAGCAACAACAACAACAACAACAACAAGUAGAAGAAUAAACAAUAGCAAAAAGCAAGCGCCGCAAGGUUUUGCCUAUAAAUGUACCAGGACAGCAGCUGCAGCAGCGGUAGUCGACGUGGCAGUGCAGCAGCAACAGCAGCAGCAGCGGCAACAGCAACAGCAACAACAACAACAACAACAACAAAAACAGCAACAGCAGCAGCAGCAGUGGUCGCGGGAAGCGAGACAGCAAAGACGGACGGUUUUAAGGCGCUAACAAUAAUAACAACAACAACAAGCAUAACAACGACAGCUGCUGAUGCGCAAAUUGGCGAGACAACAGCAACAACACGAACAACCACAGUGAUAACGACAGCAGCAGCAGCAGCAGCAAGAGCGAUAGCAACAGCCAAAGCAACAUCGGCACUUGACAGCAACAAUAGCAGUGACGACGACAACAACGACAUCUUCGCUGAUGUCGACGCCCAUAUAACCGAUAUUGAUGUAGUUCUGGAUCGGGAGCUAGAGCUAGAGCUAGACCCAGAUAUUGAGUGCCGGACGGCGCAGGGCUCCCGUUUGCCCUCCUCCCACAGCAGCAAUAGCUGCUGCGGACAUGUUGCACAACAGGAGCAGCAACAGCAGCAGCAGCAGCAUCUACAACAACAACAACAACAACAAUUGCAACAGCAAGUGAACGCCGAUGUGCGAUUGUUGCGCGAAAUCGGAUAUAUUGCAUCGCGUGUUCGCUGCUUGGGUAAAUAUUACGGCAAUUUCCACUUGAGCAAUCCAUACAGUGCGCAGCGGCAGCGACGCCAGCUGCAGGAGAUUGUACUCAAGCACUCCAUAUUCGAUCCAGGACGCGAACGGGAACGAGCACAGCUGCUGGCCGCGGCAGCGGCAGCGGUUGUUGGUGUAGCACCAGUAGCACCAGCAGCAACAGCAGCAGCAGCAGCAGCAUCAGCAGCAUCAGCAUCAGCAUCAGCAACAGCAACAACAACAACAGUCGCAAUUCUUAGUCGGAGCAGCAGCUUUGAGCCCGAACAGAAGCAGGAAGAAGUGCAUAUAGAGGAGAUAGUUGAGGCAGCAGCAACAUCAACAACAACAGCAGCAACAACAACCGUGCGACGCAAGUCGUCGAGCAGCAGUGUCAGCUGCGCUUCCACGUGUGCCUCCUUGACUGGUUCGUGCAACAGUGCGUCUUUGUUAACGGCAGCCACGCCCAUUGCGCUGCUGGAGGAGUUGCUCAUACAGUUUUACGAGGAACAGGAACAGGAUCAGGAUCAUCGCAGCAGGCUGACUGUCAUACGGUGUCGACUGCCCUGCAACGAUCACAAUUUAAAUAAUCUAAACAACAAUAAUCGCAACAGCAACAGCAACAACAAUAGCAACAACAACAAUAACAACAACAACAGCAUUAGCAUUAACAACAACAACAGCAUCAGCAGCAAUCCAGCAGCUGCAGCAGCAGCAGCGGCAGCAGCUGAUAUUCAGCAGCAGCAGCAGCAGCAGCUGACUCGCUCAUAUUUGCAUGCCACUCACGCCGAUGCGGAUAAUCCGCGUCGCCGUCGUGCCAGCGAUUGUACCAGCAACCAGCUGCACUGCAUCACGCUGAAGAACAACAAUUGCGCUGCACUUGCGGCGACAGCUGGGGGUAAGUUGCAUCGCGGCAGCUGUGGUGCUGCUGGCGAGCAUUUGUUGGCAGCCAACUCGAUUGCCAAUCGAUCGACCAUCAUACUGAGCAAGUCCUGCAGCAAUGUGGAUGGCGAUGCGGCAGGUCUGCUUGCAGCCAAUUUGAGCAACAACAAGUUGCGGGCCAGUGCCACAGAUAUUGAGAGCAACUCGGUAAAUGGUGGCGGCGCCAAGGAUGCGGCAGCAACAGCAGCAGCAUUAACAACGACUGCAAUUGCAGAUGCAGCGGCAUCGAAUAAUGGCAACAAUGAGUACAGCAUUCUCCAGCUAAACAACACCAUCAUCCAGUGUCAUUUCAAUGACGAUGACUUUCGCGCCCUUGUCAAGGAUCUCAAGCGCAAGGUUGAGUACACGGAGCGCAUGAAUUGGCUAUGUUUGUCCAAUCGGCCAUUGGGCCCGCCACAUCGCAAGAGCAGUCUACCAAAGCAUCAGGAGGUGAAGCGUCACUUCCUCGAAAUUUGUGAUACCAACUUCUCGGAUGAGGUCAAGGCGGCCCUGCGUCUGCCCGCCUUCGAUUCAUAUGAGUGGGGCGACGCGGAUGUCAUACACCUAAUGCAGACCAUGUUCCUUGAGCUCGGCUUCAUUGAGAAGUUCAGCAUACCCAUCGAUACGCUGCGCGAGUGGCUCUACGAGGUCUACAAGCACUACAACGAGGUGCCAUUUCACAAUUUUCGACAUUGCUUCUGUGUCGCUCAAAUGAUGUAUGCUAUAACACGUGAAGCGAAUUUAUUGAGUCGCCUGGGCGAUCUAGAAUGUUUGAUAUUGCUGGUGUCCUGCAUUUGCCACGACCUCGAUCAUCCUGGCUAUAACAACAUAUAUCAGAUCAAUGCACGCACCGAACUGGCGCUCAGAUAUAAUGACAUCUCGCCGCUGGAGAAUCAUCAUUGCUCGAUUGCAUUCCGCUUGCUGGAGCAUCCCGAGUGCAAUAUAUUCAAGAACUUUAACCGGGAAACAUUCAAUAACAUUCGGGAGGGCAUCAUCCGAUGCAUCCUGGCCACCGAUAUGGCUCGCCACAACGAGAUCCUUACGCAGUUCAUUGAGAUAACGCCCACCUUCGACUACAACAAUCGUGCGCACAUCAAUCUGCUGUGCAUGAUCCUGAUCAAGGUGGCGGACAUUUCGAACGAGGCCAGGCCAAUGGAUGUUGCCGAGCCGUGGCUGGAUCGGCUGCUGCAGGAGUUCUUUGCCCAGAGUGCCGCCGAGAAGUCUGAGGGAUUGCCGGUGACGCCAUUUAUGGAUCCCGAUAAAGUUAGCAAGCCGGGCUCCCAGGUGCGAUUCAUUGGACUCGUCCUCUUGCCCCUCUUCGAGGCACUCGGCGAACUGGUACCGGAACUCACCGAAUUGAUCAUUAUACCCGUGCGCAUUGCACUCGAGUAUUACAGGCGCCUCAACGAUGCGCAGACAAAGACACGCAAAUCUGUGGCAGAUAGCAAUACGUCUGCCACAUCGGACAGCAACAGCGGCAACAUGGACUCGAAUGCUGCCCUGAUCACAACGAGCAACAGCAAUGCCGACAAACUGGACAAACAGCAGCCGGCAUCCGGCGGACAGGGCCAACUAAGCGGCACAGGCGUUGGUGCUGGUGCAGCCGGCGGAGGAGGCGCAGGCGGAGCAGGAUCUGCUGGCGGUGGAGGCGGAGGUAGCUCACCACAAAUGGGGCGCUCCAGCUCCGGAAUGAGCGGAAAGUCGCGUCGCAGCAUCCCCUCCCAGAAGUCCGCAUCGCGCACCUCCGUCGAUGAGCCCGGUGGAAUGGCCGCCGAGCUGCACGAUCUGCCCGAGGGCAGUGAAAGCGGUGACUCCGAAACUGCCACAGAGGUUGAUGUGGCUGAGAUGACAUCCAAGUUCAAAGUGGACACCGAGGGCUGCAGCAAUCGGAGUAAAUCAUCGCACUCGACCUCAAGGAAAUCGUCGAGGGAGAAGCGCCCCUCAAUGAUUGGCGAACUGUGCAGCAGCGGGGGCGGACAGCGGAUGCGCAGCUCGUAUGGCAACAUUGGUCAGACUGGCUACCAUCCGAAUCGUUGCCACUUUGGGAGCAAUCGGGCCGUCAGCCUGGACCAGUACAGCACCAACAAUCGGCGACUGUCCGACGGACUGCCCCAGGUCAUCUCCGACAGCAAUGUCUUCUAUGGGCGACCGACGCAGGCGCAUGCCGCUGGCGAUUUGAAUAUGAAUGUGAAUCAGGCGGCGCCCGUUGUGCAACAGCCGCACUUGCAGCACCAGCAUCAACAGCAGCAGCAACAACAGCAGCAACAGCAGCAGCAGCAGCCGGGUGGCAGCAGCACCAGCACCAGCAACUCUUGGAAGUCACGUUGGCGUCAAUUCUCUGAUUAUUUAAGCUUUAGCUUUGACAAGAGCAACAAACGUUUUGGCAGCACACGCAGCAGUCCAUCGUGUGGCACACGUGGUGGCAACAACAAUGCCGCCAACAACAUGGCCGAGAAUGCUGAUGAUGCGGAUAUUGCUGGCUCAGCAGCAGCAAUGUGUUGCAGCAACAUUUCGAAUAGUCUACCCUCACCGGGCGUUAUCCAAAUGCAGGUGGGCAUAACUAGCACCGGUGGUGGCAUUGGCGGUGGCGUAGGCGGUGCCGGAGGCGAGGGCAUGGCUCGAUUGCGUGCUUAUAGCCUGGAUGUGCCCAGCAAUCGGCAUACAUCAUACCCAUACUCGUCGGGCGACAGUAGCAGCCGUUGCGGCAACAUGAGCAACAACAGCAACAAUACGCUGCACAGCAGCAGCGGCGGCAUCGUUGCCACACGCAUUGGCAGUACUGAAGAUGGUUCCAGCAACCCAACAGCAACUGUUGCUGGUGCUGGUGCUGGUGCUUCUGCUAUAACAGCUGAAGGCGUUACGGCUGCUGCUGCGGCUCCAGCAUUGCUGGUGCCGAGUUUUAGCGGUGAGCUGGGCGUGGGCAGUGUCUCCUUGUCGGAGACGGCGCCAAAGAUUUGA